GGAGCCGCUCUCCUGCACGCCCGCCAGCCCGGCCCGGUUGCGUCUCACGCACACACUUCGCUUGCUGGGCCAAAACAGCGGAGGGCGGCUAGGCGGCGCGAUGCUAAACUUUUACCCUUCUCUCCCGAAGGAUAAGGGGGAGCCAGGAGUCUGUAGCCCAAGCAAGAGAGCGAGGAGAGGGCUGGGCUGAGAGGCGGUGGACGUGUCGAUCUCGCCCGACGGGCGGCAGCGCCUAGUCGCGCUUCGGCGGAGGUUUGGCGCGACUCCCCCACUCUCGCGCCGUCCAGGCUUUGGGUUCGGAUCGGCUGCGCUCGGCUGUGCUCGUUGCUGCCAGCACGUCGAGGCACCCUCCUGAGGGAAUGCCGGUCCCUUCGCUGCCGCCGCCGCCACUUCUCCACCGAUUCCUUCUUCCUUGCUCGCUGGUAGCGGCGGCGGCAGCCACAAGUGUUUGCGCUCCCGGAGCCCAGGCCGUGUAGUCCCUCGUCCCGUCUCCGCAGAGGCCGUCCCCCCGGCGGAUGCGCUACUGUCCGGACCAGGAGGACGGGUUUCCUGCCGACGCCGACGCCUUUCUUGUCCGGUGGUCCGGCUGCCUGCCUGCCUGCCUCCCCGAAGGUGGAGGAGUACCUCCGGGCCCCUGCGGCGGGGCUCAGGCAGCGCCCUCCUGAGGAUGUGCGCUGGGAAAGUUCUCCUGAUGUGCCUGGUCCUCGGUCCAGCCUCCCGAACGAGGGCAGAGAGCACAGAGGAAUAUGACUACGAUUACCUCAGCAACACCAACAAAACCUGGGUCCUGACCCCCAAAGCCCAGGAGACGGAUGCCACACAGAUCCUCAACUCCCUCCUCCAGAACUAUGACAACAAGCUGCGUCCCGAUAUCAGCAUCAAGCCCACUUUCAUUGAUGUGGACAUCUACGUAAACAGCAUUGGGCCUGUCUCUGUGAUCCAUAUGGAAUACACCAUUGACAUAUUCUUCGCCCAAACGUGGUACGACCGGCGCCUUCGCUUCAACAGCACCCUCAAAGCUCUCACCCUCAACACCAAUAUGGUGAGCCGGAUUUGGAUCCCAGACACCUUUUUCAGGAACUCUAAGAGGGCUGACUCCCACUGGAUCACCACCCCCAACCAGCUGCUCCGGAUCUGGAAUGAUGGGAAAGUCCUCUAUACGCUCAGGUUGACCAUUGAAGCUGAGUGCCUCCUCCAGCUGCAGAACUUCCCAAUGGAUACGCACUCCUGCCCUCUGGUCUUCUCCAGCUAUGGCUACCCACGAGAGGAGAUCAUCUACCGCUGGAGGAGGUACUCUAUUGAAGUCUCUGACCAGCGAACUUGGAGGCUCUACCAGUUUGACUUCACAGGUCUGAGGAACACAUCUGAGGUGCUCAGGACAGGUGCUGGGAUCACCACCGUGCUCACUAUGACUACUCUGAGCACCAUCUCCCGCAAGCACCUGCCCCGGGUCUCGUACAUCACUGCCAUGGACCUCUUUGUCUCAGUGUGCUUCAUCUUCGUCUUUGCAGCCCUCAUGGAGUAUGCCACCCUCAACUACCUGGCAGGAAACAAGAAGCCAACGCAGCAUAGUAGCAGGAAGCCCAGACUGGCAGCCAGCCAUGCCCACCUGGUGAUGCCCUCCUACACUGCCAUCAACAUCAACAGCCUGGUGCACUGGCCCGCUGAAGUCGAGGGCAACAGUGAAGAGGUGGAGAGCGAAGACCUGGAGCCCCCCUGCUUGGAAGGGAAGGAGUGUCAGCAGUUCUUCUGCUGCAUUGAGGACUGUCAGACGGGCACCUGGCGGGAGGGCAGAAUCCGCAUCCACAUUUCCCGCCUGGACUCCUACUCCCGGGUUUUCUUCCCCACAGCCUUCCUGCUGUUCAACAUUGUGUACUGGAUUGCUUAUCUCUAUCUCUGAGUUUCCUCCAAUAAAAGGUCUGCACAAAAGGAGGACUUUGAAGUUCACCUCUCCUUUCCUCCUCACUUGCCAAAGCUGGGACUGCAGGGUGCAGCUGCCAGCCGUGAGGAGGGGCUUCC